GCCAUGACAACUUGACCGUGGGUUUCGACAUCUUGUUCACAUGUAAAGCUGGAGAAGAGAAGAUGGGCCCAGAGUUGCUGUUGACGGUGACAUCCUGGGACGGCUUCGAAGGGUAUCCUCGCCUUCAGCCCCACUACGAGAUCCUCGGCCUCAACAAGGGCCUGCAGUCAGCUCACGUGUUCGAGAUGAAGUUCAAGGAGUCGGUUGAGAUGUUGGCUGCGCCACUGAGUGUUUCGGAGAUCGUGAGGAUAUUCCUCAACGCGGUGGGGAGUAGCGUCGACGACUGCAUCUCCAACUCUCACGCGUGACUGAGGCUGACCAUGUUUGAUGUGCAAAGAGGCAAUGAGAAGCCUUUUCGAACUGAAAUGAAAAUACAUUAAGACUU